UUCAAUUGAAAUAUUGAACACAAUCACAGAGUAAAACUACGAAUUAAAAGUGUUCACAGAACUAAAAGACAAAUAGUAUAGACCCAAUACACAAAAUAAGAGAGAGGAAAGCAAAUAACAGGCAUGGAGGAUAGCCGAGGCACAAGAAUUUUCGUUCUCAUUGGUUUAGCAUUGGCGAUAUGCUUUACAUUGGUAGCAAUUAUUGGAGACAAUACUCUUACUGCUCAAUAUAAAUCACAUUCAUUGAAAGCAUUUCAAGCAUUCUACUUCCUUGCUUUUAUCGCUUUCAUUGCGGCGCUCGUCCUAUAUUUAUUAACUAUUUUUAAAGAAGGUUCAAAAAUCUUCAGAAUUGGAAUUUUUGCAGCAAUUGUAGUUGGAUGUGUAUGCUGUAUUAUCAGCGUUAUAAUGUAUUAUGACCAUUUGUCCCGUUAUUACGACAGGAAUGUUCGACCAGAUUCCAGUUCAUGGCUACUUGCUGUUAUUUUGGCUUCAUUUGAGCUGGCCUUGUUCGUAUUCAUUUAUAUUCUCUACUAAGAAGUAAUGAAUGUUUGAAAGUUGUGUUUUUUUUCAUUUACAAGUCAAGAAUUUUAUGAAGAUGGGAAAUUUUUAAUGAUAACAUACGAUAUGUCGGAAAAUUUGAUUUCAAUAAAAAAAAUAAUAACAUGUUUCAUAGAAUUACAGUUUGUUUUUGAAAAAUUCGAUUCGGAUAACUAAUGAAUUUCAUUGAUGAGUUAAACUUCAUAGAUGCUAUUUCUAUACGUUUUCACCAUUAUCUAACAUUGAUUGCUUAUACGAAUAUCAAAAUAAUUGUAUUAUUCGGAUAGCAAAACUUUACUAUUUUCAUUUCAGGAUAACAGAAUAACAACAGUUGUAAUGCUUAAAUUUCAUAAAAUAAUGUCUGUUUUAUUUGGAAAAAAAAAUAUGGUUUAUUUAUUUUCAA